UUGUUAACCGGGCAUCAGUCAACGUUCAGCGUUCAUCGCAGCAGCUCUUUAAGCAAUCGGCUAGAAACUACAUAAAAUCAACAUGACCGGACGCGGUAAAGGAGGAAAAGGUCUUGGAAAAGGAGGCGCCAAACGUCAUCGUAAAGUACUCCGUGAUAACAUCCAAGGAAUAACCAAGCCUGCCAUUCGUCGAUUAGCUCGCCGUGGCGGAGUAAAACGUAUCUCCGGUUUGAUCUACGAAGAAACCCGCGGAGUGUUGAAAGUGUUCCUGGAAAACGUGAUUCGUGAUGCCGUAACAUACACCGAACACGCCAAGAGGAAGACAGUGACCGCCAUGGACGUUGUCUACGCUCUUAAACGCCAAGGACGUACCUUGUACGGUUUCGGAGGUUAAAAUGUUACGUCCGCGAUUUGCUACGUAAAAAUAUAAGACACAUAUUAAAAAGGCCCUUUUCAGGGCCACCA